UUACCUACUAUUGCCCAGCCCAGACAAUCAGUCAAUCAUCGUCUUCGCUUUUCACUUGUGCGAGAGAGAGAGAGAGAGAGGAAUGGGGAGGGAGGUGUCGGAGAGUUGCGUGGAUAAUCUGAUGAUAGAGAUGGUAUCGGCGUACUGUAACCGAUUCUACUCCACCAAGCCGGAGCUCGCAGCCCGGAGGAUCGAGGCCAUCGGAUAUCAAGUUGGUCACCAGCUUUCCGAGAGGUAUACCAUGGAGCGUCCUCGGUUCAGUGAUCAUCUUGAGGCAAUCAAGUUCAUCUGCAAGGAUUUCUGGGCUGAGCUCUUCAAGAAGCAGAUUGACAAUUUGAAAACCAAUCAUAGGGGUACCUUUGUCUUGCAAGAUAAUCGAUUCCAGUGGCUUACACGCAUGUCAAUUGAUCCAUCCCCAGCAAAUGCAGAUUUAUCUCAGGACUCAUCUGGGGAAACUGCUGAGAACAGGGCAGUACAAAUCACUAGCAUGCACCUCUACUUCCCAUGUGGGAUCAUAAGGGGAGCACUUUCAAAUCUGGGAAUCCCUUGUGCAGUUUCUGUAGACACGUCCAAUCUUCCUGCAUCAGGUUCAUUUGUGGUCCGCAUAAAAGCUUGAUAGAGAUGACUGUUGCAUGAGAGAUCAAGAGAGAGAAGAAAAGGAAGAAACAUGCAGAAAUGGAAUGUGAAGGGACCUGUCAGGGAGGGUGAUAUCCUCACCUUGCUUGAGUCUGAAAGAGAAGGCAGGAGAUUGCGCUGAGGACCUGUUACAUUUUCAAAGAGUUCUAUUAGGUUUUUUAUCUGUUUGUUUACAUAUGAAUCCUCUGUUGAAGUUAUACUACUAAUUUGAAAAUGGAUUGGGUUUUGCUGAAUUCCUAAAUUCUUCAUGUGUUUUUGAUCUGGAAACAAGGAUUUAUUUUGGAAGGUUGUUAUCUUAUCUAAGCUCGAAGAAAAAAAGAAAUGGAAUGUCUAAUCUUGUAUGCUGUGGAUUUAUACU